CCACCACUCACACCACCAUGUCCAUGGCGUCGAUUAUUUACCGGAAGCUUCACCGGAAAUCGAAGAACCGAUUCAAUUACAUACAAGUAAGGUUCGCAUCCCCGGCGACGGAUUUAAGCAAUAACGAAAAGAGUAAUCGGAAAAUCGAGAAGUUGCUGAUAGCGAACAGAGGGGAAAUUGCUUGUAGGAUUAUGAGAACGGCGAAAAGGCUAGGGAUACAAACUGUUGCUGUUUAUAGCGAUGCUGAUAGGUAUAGUCUUCAUGUGAAGUCCGCCGACGAGGCCGUACGAAUUGGUCCGCCGCCGGCUCGAUUGAGUUAUCUUAACGCCUCUUCCAUAAUCGAAGCCGCCGUCCGUACUGGUGCUCAGGCUAUCCAUCCAGGCUACGGUUUUUUAUCAGAAAAUGCAGACUUCGCUCAACUKUGCGAAAAUGAAGGAUUCACUUUUGUUGGACCACCUGCAUCUUCAAUACGUGAAAUGGGUGAUAAAAGUGCAUCAAAGAGAAUCAUGGGUGCAGCAGGUGUGCCACUUGUACCGGGGUAUCAUGGUCAUGAACAAGAUAUUGAUGUCAUGAAAUCAGAAGCAGAGAAGAUCGGAUACCCUGUUUUAAUAAAGCCAACCCAUGGAGGUGGAGGAAAGGGUAUGAGGAUUGUGCAAAGUCCAAAAGAAUUUGUUGACUCAUUCUUAGGAGCACAACGUGAGGCUGCUGCUUCUUUUGGUGUAAACACAAUUUUGUUGGAGAAAUAUAUAACAAGGCCAAGGCAUAUAGAAGUCCAGGUGUUUGGGGACAAGCAGGGCAACGUUGUCUACUUGUAUGAGAGAGAUUGCAGUGUGCAGAGAAGACACCAAAAGAUAAUCGAAGAAGCACCAGCUCCAGAUAUCAUUAGCGACUUCCGAUCCCGCUUGGGUCAAGCUGCUGUGUCUGCUGCCAAGGCGGUUGGUUAUCACAAUGCUGGCACAGUUGAGUUCAUUGUUGAUACUCUCUCUGGGGAAUUUUAUUUUAUGGAGAUGAACACGCGUCUUCAGGUUGAACAUCCUGUGACUGAGAUGAUUGUUGGUCAAGAUCUUGUAGAGUGGCAAAUUCGUGUUGCAAAUGGAGAAUCGCUCCCCCUUGGUCAAGCACAGAUUCCUAUAUCAGGGCAUGCUUUUGAAGCCCGAAUAUAUGCUGAAAAUGUGCCAAGAGGAUUUCUGCCUGCAAGYGGAGUUCUUCAACAUUACCGUCCUGUUCCAGUCUCAGCAAGUGUUCGAGUUGAGACUGGAGUUGAAGAAGGGGACACUGUAAGCAUGCAUUAUGACCCUAUGAUUGCUAAGCUUGUAGUAUGGGGAGAGAACCGCUCUGCAGCAUUAGUUAAAUUGARGGAUUCUUUAGCCAAGUUUCAGGUUGCAGGUUUGCCCACAAAUAUCGAGUUUCUCUUCAAACUUGCUAACCACAAGGCAUUCCAGAAUGGUGAACUUGAAACCCAUUUUAUCGAUCAUUUUAAAGACGACUUAUUCGUGACACCAAGUGAUUCAGWAUCAGCAAAAGCAGCAUAUGAUGCUGCUAAAUACAGUGCAGCGUUAGUAGCUGCAUGUAUUUGUGAAAAGGAGCACACACUAUUGACGAAAAGUCCCCCUGGUGGGUUGGGUGUGUGGUAUGCACAUCCUCCRUUUAGACUCCAUCAUCAUGCCACACGUACAAUAGAACUAGAAUGGGAGAACGAAUACCAUGAUAACAACUCRGAGAACGUGACACUUWCCAUCAGUUAUCUGCCGAACGGGAAUUAUGUCAUCAAGAUGGGGGAAAGCAGCUUUCCUGCUCUUGAAGUCACYGUAAUACACUUGAGAGACCAUGAUUUCAGAGUUGAGGCUGAUGGGAUAAGCAAGAACGUAAAUCUGGCCAGUUAUUUCAAGGAUAAAACUGAGCACAUUCACAUAUGGCAUGGUUCAGACCAUCAUCAGUUUAAGCAAAAAGUGGGGCUCGAUCUGUUGGAUAACCUUGAAACCCAUCAACACCGAAAUCAUGAAUCUGCAACCCAUCCUCCAGGGACCGUCACCGCYCCCAUGUCCGGUCUGGUCAUUAAGGUUCUAGUCGAAGAUGGAACGGAAGUCAAAGAAGGACAACCUAUGUUGGUCAUGGAAGCAAUGAAAAUGGAGCAUGUGUUGACGGCACCAACCUCUGGCCUCGUUAGCGGGCUUCAAGUCACUCMUGGCCAACAAGUUUCUGACAAUAGUGUUCUCUUCAAAGUCAAGGCGGCAUAACAUGAAGGUGCAUAUAACCGUAACAUACUACUGUGGUGAUGCAGGAGUCGGUUCCAAAUUCCCGCUUUGGAGGUAAAGACUUGUGUGGCUGUGUAUAUUAUAGACUAUAAUCUAUAAUACAUYUUCGUAAAUUAACAUUAUCUCAUUUAAACCAUGUACACUUUCUGCUAAUGUUUAGAAUUAUCGUUGUCCCCUUUA